UGUUUUAAACCUGAUUGCUCUUGACAGCUUUGAUCAACGAAUCCGUUCGAUCGUGGCGGGCAUUGUGCCCUAUUUUGAAUAAGUUAGAAAUUUUCUUCCUAGGAAAUCAUUUGUUUCUUUUUAUCACCCGCGAAAAGUUUGAUCUUGACUACCUGCUGUGCUAACAUGCCGUUGCUUUGCUGAAUUGUUUGCUUUGUUCGAUUUUCAACAUCUGCUCCCGCGCUCAACUCAAGCGCUUGUCUUCGAACGGGACAGAUAGUUUACACGAUCUUCGGAUUUCUCUCAACAACACUUGACUCUUCAACAGAGGGGCAAACUAUUUCAUCGUACCUUGAUGGUAGACCAAGGAAGUUUGGUGAGUGAAUUUGUGUCUACUUGUUCGUGACUUUUGAACGUCAAUUAAAUGCGUUGUUGAGAGUUUUUCAGUGCAGUGCUGCUUUUAAUGUCACAGUGCCGUGAUUUCGAUCAUCAACUAAAUUAGCGGCAAGACGUUAAUUCAUUGUAAAACUAAAUAAGUGGGUUAGAUAAGUUUGUACUCUACUUGUGAUCUGUGAAGUCAUGGAUGUGAGUAUGUGACAUGAAAAACUAAAGUUAAUGUUGCUGCGGUCUCAAAUUUCAGCUUCUUAUCGAAUUCCAACCGAUCAACACUGGUUUGAUGCAACUAAGGAUAAGAUAGUUAUGUGAUUUAUAAUAAGCUUAACUGUCGAAUUAACAGUAAUCAAACAAAAAAGUAAAUACUUUUCAGAACAUACAUUUAGGCAGUUUUCGUGCAGUUGAAAUACUCGUGAUUUCUUCCUUGUGUGUUCAACUUUACCAAGAACUCAUUGCAAAAUACUUUGGCUGUCACUUCUGCCUUUAUUUAUACGAGUGGAAAAUAUCGAAAUGCAGGAAGCAAGAAUAAAUUUAAAUACUUCCUGUCCCGUGAACGUGAUUCGAUAAGAAAUUUGAUUCAUUACUAGUCUGAAUAGAAAAAUGACGAAAGAAGCCAUGUUUUUUUUAAAAUAGGUUUGUUAUAUCCGAUAAACAUCCUUGUUGUUUAUUGUGUUGAUUUACUCUAGUGUGAAUAAUUCAGCAGCGUCCAUUGUGGUCUCCUUAGGGACACUUGUCUAAAGAGUUUUUUGAAAAGGUCAGCGUCAAAAAUUGAUUAACUGAAUAACAAUUAUAACAGUCUGUCUACUGUUUACUGCUAAAAAAUCCAACAUAUUAAAAUUUGGUUGGAAUAUUAUUGAUUAUUAUUUUGACCACAUCAGUUUUACGACAAGUGUUUUAAAUUAGUUGUUUUUAAGAAGUCUCUUGACUUUGCAAACACUAUAUUAUACUGUUAGCGAGGCUGUAAAACCAUUCGCAAUAUGCAAACAUCAUGCUUUGUUUAGAAGUACAACAAUAAUUUUAAGCUCCAGACUAUAACGGGCAUUGUGUAUGUUUAAUCUUGCACAUUGUGAUUUUCAAUAAUGGCUGUAAUCAAUUUCAAUGAUACCUCCAAAUUUUGAAAUUCAGUUAGUAUAGAAAAGGACACUUGAAAUUUAGUUCAGUUGUUGAUCUGUACAAAACACCUUUCUUGCUUUCAAAACUUGUACACUUUUGCUUUCAGAUAUACUCAAAAGAAAUGGAAAUUGAACAUUCUAUGAUUAAAAAACCAAUUAGCUUUUAUUAUGGAUAAACAGCGUGCAAAGAAAGUUGUGUCCAGUAGCCUGAGGCUAGUGGAUUUUGCUAUCAGGCUAGUGAAUUCUGUUCUUAACUUGCCCGACAGCCAAAUGAAUUGUUUUAAGGAAUUCAAAUUACAGAACAACUACAAUGUGUUAUCUAUCCUGCUUAUCAAGAAUAAUGCUUUUGGGCUAGUUGAAAUGACUUUUGGGCUAGUAUAUGCUAGUUACAGCUUGCCCAAUAUGGCAAGCUGUAAAACUAACUUUUUUUGUUCCCUGAUAAACCAAGUUUUGGUGAAAUAUCUAGGUACGUGUAGCAGUUUUAAUUUAAUGGAUUUUAUAGGACUUUGUUGACUAGGUCUGCUAUUUACUAUUAUUAGAAAGGCCGUUCACGCAAACUGAAAUAUUGCUAUACCCCCUUGAAGUCAAAUAAUUUAUUAUUAUAUCUAGUAUGUGAUGGUGUGCUGGUCUUGUAGUUUACAAGGAGGUUGAUUGAUCUGUAGGUGCAGGUUUAAGCCUGAACCUGCAGGCAUUAUAUUUAGACAAAGCAAUGUUUUCUUAUACAUGAAUCCCUGUUCCUCUCCACCAAAAUGAAAGGGAUACUGACACAUACUUUGGGGUUUAACUUCUGCAUUGCUAAGUGGAGGAGAUUGUACCUAUGAGAAGUGCAAGGGCUUCCACUGGAGGCUGGCCAGCCAGCCAGCCAGCCAGCCCCUAGGAUAGACUGAGUACCGCUUCCAUGUUUAGCAAUGUAAUCCCAGCAACCCAGCCUUGAGCCCCCACACAGGGCGGCCAGGCACCCCUUCACACUGACAAGCAGGGGAAAAAGGGAGGAGGGACUGGCCUGACCACUACCCACCCACCCUUUAUUGAAUUUAAUGGCAUUCAACUCUGAAGUGGAUUAACAUCCUGCCCAUGGGGGAUUAGAAAAACUUCUAUGUACUUUAGUUACUUAUUUUCUUUUAUUAGGUUUGCCUAUUACUGAACAGUGAAUAAUGAAUGCUCAAUGGCUAGGGGUGCCACAACAGCGGUGAGCCAAUUACAGUGGUCCCAGUACACUGAAACCAUGUUAAACUGAGGCUAUAUGCAGUCCUGAUCAUUAGCCUAAGGUGUUCCUGCACCUAACAAACUGUUGUAGCAAAGUAUUGUACACAGAGAUUUAUGGCUAUUUAUUUGACCUAAUAUUUUUAUUCAAACUUGCAGAUGGUUAAAUGUGAUUAACAACAUGGAUGUUGCAGAUACCAGUCGACACUCAGCAGAUUCUAUAUGCAGUGAUGAUACUGAAUAUCUUCUUGGCCAAAAUGUCUCCAUUAGGGAAAUUGAAGAUGAUGAUCUUCCCGUUCAUGAACAUGGCAAAAUAAAUUCUUUCUUUGGUAGAUCUCAACAUAUGUCACCUCAGCGUUCACCUAAAAAGCCACAGCAAAAAAAUGUAAUAUCAUCAUCAAAAAAGGAUGUUAAAAUCAAAACUGUUAGAGGACAAGAUGAGUAUCACCGAUCACCUAGUCGUAGCAUAGAUAAGCAUCUGUCUUCUAUGGAACCACAAAUGAACAAAGUCAAAGGAAAGAAAUCAAAAGGUCCUCGUGAUUUCAUAAGUAAUGAAGUUGCAAGGGAGCACAGUGAAAUGGUACAGAACAGUUACAGAUCAAAAGGAGUGUGGCAAAGUCAAGAACUUGAAGGUGCUCCUAAAAGUAGCAGAUCUAAUUCAGACAGCUAUGCUAAGCACACACACGUUCAAGGUAAUUUCCAGUCACCCGAAAGUCAUAAGUCUGUUCAUGUUCAAAGCCAGCACAUGGUCACUGGAAGUCCUAAACUGAGACCAGAACUUCAUUAUGAUCAUCCAUCACGAUUAACUCCUCCUACAAGGGAAAGACAAAAUACAAAGAUAAGACCAACAGAACCUGCUAGAUUACCAGUGCGACAAAAUUUACCUGUUGUUCAAGAUAAUUGGGAAAUUGAUUCUCAGAUAUCCUUGGACACGUUAAAUGGUGGCAAUAAUGUGGAAGUUGAGUCUAAUGAUUUGGAAAGCCAAGUGUCUGAGGCAACAGAAGAUUUGAUGAGAGGUGAGGAUGAAGAUGAUGAAGAUAUUACAGACAAGCUCAAAGAACUCAACUUGGCUGUUAAUUACGACACCAACACAAAUGGUAAGUAUUGACCAGCGUGAAUUGUAUCCAAUGGAAGAAGGAAUGGUUAUUGGACUGAGUGGGGUCCAAUGUAAAUUGCAUUUAUCCACAUUAAACUGAAUUUUAUGACACUUAAUAAUAUUGAAAACUGCUUGAUCUAUUACUUUGCAGAGUACUUUGAUGACAAGGUGCGGGAAGGUGCAGAACUCCUAUCAAAACUUUUCGGUGGUCAAGUGGACAAUUAUUACAGUUCCUCAAGGUGAGGUUAUAACCUACCCUAUACAAAUCCAAAUUGAAACAAUAUUUUUCAGCUUACGGCAGAUGUCACAAUAACUAUAGCUGCAUGGCAAUAAUGAUGCUUAAAACACUAAUUGCUACUUGUUAACUUGACUAAUUUCCCUCUUGAUUGGAAAAAGCUUAGCAUUAUAAUUUCUCCUGAAAUUUUGUGGUUGUGCCUUAACCCUUAUUUAAUUUCUACGACCUGGCUGUCCGAACGUGAACACAUUGUAAAAAGAAUGAUUUAGCUCUGGCAAAAAAGCUGUAACAUUGUUGAUUGACAUCAAUUUGGACAACCACAGGCAGCCCAAGCUUUGCAUGAUCUAUUCCUUUUUUUACAUGAUUGAAUAAAUAACUUUUUCCUCAAAAAAAUGAACUUAUUUUAUGGACAUAAAUGAGAUCUGGAUUUAAAAUAAAAAUUGUCUCACCUUCCUUCUAUUUAUGACAAGUUAAAUACAUAUGCAACACAAACAAUCUCAUUUUUUUGCAAACUGUAAAAACCUUGAAGUCAUAUAGUUGUUGUUUUUAAUGCUUAAUCAUAUAAUUUGCUUAGAAAUAACUUGCAAACUUACUAAUCAUUUUCAUGUGAUUCUGCUAACUCCUUAACAAUUCUAGAAGAGAGCUAACCCACAUGUCAACUAACAUAUAUAGUGUUAGAGGGAAAAGGCAACCUUUACGGAUUUUUCAAGCUAGGUAAGAAAUUGUUUGAGCCCAGGACAAUAUAAUUUGAAGUAUUGAAUGAAUUGUAAGAGAAUAAGGAAUGAUAGUAAUGUACACAACAAAAGGGGCAUCCUGGUGGCUUCUCUAGGACAGCUUAUACCCAAAGAAUUCUGCAAAUAAGUGGAAGAUACAGUGUACAUCCACCCAAGAUACACCAUAAAGCCUGAUCUUCACAAGCCAAUCAAGCACAUUGUCAUUAGUGAGAAUAAGCACUAUUCGCAAUGCUUGAAAACAAAGCGCAAAUGCUAGAACCCCAUGCUAAUGCUCAGGGGACACUAGAAAUACCCAGGCUGGGGGAUGAAGGUCCCUAGGGGCGACCUUAAGUAGUGGCAAAGUAUUCUCGCUCCACUCAUUGGCAUAUCAGUGCAAAGGAGUAAGACACACAUCCUACUGCCAUGUUCUAUUUCCUCUCAAUGCAAGGUGCGCAAUCAACUCUUGCAUAACAGAAUAUAUUCAAAGAGUGCAGAGCGAGAGUGUUGUGUAAUAGGACAUUGACUUAAUGCAAAGCAUAAACACACAUGCAAGCAAAAUUUUAUCCUUGUUCUUGGGCUUAAGCGUAUGCUUGCAUCUACGUUUUCAUUGUCAAACAAGGAUUUUUGCCCUUGCCCUUGUGCAUAUGUUUAAUACAUCACCAGUAAAACAAGGCUUGACAUGUAUUAAGGGUAAAUGAGUUUGGGAAUAACCAAGUAGACUCAGGCCAGCAAAGUGAAAUGAAAACCACAUACAGUGGAACUUCUCCUUUGGGACACCUCAAAUUUUGGUCCGGGAAAAAUGUCAGCAUAACCUUUGUAUGUUUUACCUCUGUCGAGCACAACAUAAACUAUCCCACUUAAAUCAAUGUACUGCAGCUGUGGGCUUUCAACAUGUAGAAUUUUGCAGAGAUAAGUCAGUCAUGAUUUUUUAUGCAUUAUCUAGCUGCUUGAAACGUUGACUGCAGUAGAUUUUGAGGCAAAAUAAAAGAAGAAUAUUUUAUUUGUUGGUUAAUUAUUACUUAACCCCAGCCUCUGUUGAGGGGACACUUCUAUUGGGGACAAUUGCCUUGGUCCCGAGUGUGUCCCAUGAACAGAGGCUCCACUGUAUUUGUAAAACAUAACCCUAUUGAUCUUUUACCUGUGGACUUGUAGCAGUCAGAAAAAUGAAAUAAUUAAAAAAACCAGUUGCUGGCCAUUCAAGAAAAGAUAAUCUGGACCUUGUGGUAUUCUUGUCAAUCUUUCCCUGUUAUAAAAAACACUUUAGUGACCUGUCCCGCAAGUAACUAUCUGCCUAACUAUCCUAUCAAUCCAAUCUAUCGAUCCACCUAUUUAGUCAAGUCUUUUCUGAAUUCAUAUUACUGACAAAUGACUCUAAUUUUCAGUGGUCAAUCUAGGAGUUCUGCUUCAGGAUCAGGAAGUGUCCAAGAAGGUAAGAACAGACAUUUUUCUUGUCUGGUGGCAACUAUCACUAAUCUCAAACUCACCAUUACAUGGGUAAUACCAUUGGUAAGAUAAUCUUCUAUCGAUCCAUCUGCAAAAUUUUGGCUGUCAUGUGACUAUACAUUCAUCUGUCCAUCUGCACCAAAUGCAAACAGAUGUGAUAAGAUAUACCUAACCGAAAUAGAAUGUUAGAAUGAGGUGUCCACUGAUGCUGACCUGCAUCACUAGCUCUGAGGCCCUGGUUGUUCAAAAGUUGGAUAGCGCUAUCCACCGGAUAAAUUGCUUUCCAGUGGAUAAAUAGGACGAAGACCAAUAAUUAUUGCGUUAUCCACUAGAUAGUGAUUUUUCCAGUGAAAAGAGCUAUUCACCUUUUGAAUAACUGGAGCCAAGUGUAUAAAGAUCACUAGACCUUCAGUUGACAAUUUUCAUGGGAUUGCAAGUUCAGGUUUGGAGUAUUUAGUUCCCUCUUUAGCUUUUUAGUGUGUGAGAGUAAACAGGUAGUAGUUAAAGAGAGCUCUGCUUUUAGGCCAAUGUCUCUGCAAAUAUUUCCACGUGGCACUAAAUUUUAACGUAAGCUCUUAUUUUUGCAGUUUCUUUUUUUUUCACAAUCUGCAAAUAAACAGACUUCCAAAAAUAUUACUGCAAAAUUUACUGCACUGCAGGUAAUGAUGUUGUUUUCACAAAGCUGGGUACACAAAACUGACUUAGUGAAAUAGUGCCUGCUUAAUUAAAACGUUAGAAAUUAUGUUAUGAUAUCAAUCCGUUUGAUUGUGACUUCCUGAAAAUCUCAAAAAAAAUUAAUUCCCAAUAAUGCCAAGGAAAAAACACUGACAUAAUUGCAAAAUUUAGUUCCUGCAAAACACAAAAAAUGGUCAGUCUAGAGGAUGAACCACCACAAAAAUUUCAUCAGCACAGUAGUUGACCCAGUUGUGGUUUAGUUUCUUUUCUUUGACUGUCAGCCUCUAGAUCAGAUGGACACGUGGAAGAGAGGAAGAAUUUAGAUAAUUCAAGUACAAAGGUCAUGCAGCGAUCAUUUCAUAAGUCUGCAUCACCUCAAGUACAAUCAGUAGCCUCUGAACAAAACAGUGGAACACUGACAGAUAAAAGCAGCUCUUUUGAGUCCAGCAUAUCAACAUCUGCCAGGAGGCAAGGUUCAGCUUCUCGCAAAGAAGUUAGAUUUAGAGACGAUGUAGCCCCCAUGCGAGAAACACAACAGCGAAACCAUCAGAUGCAGGCUACAGAUGGUGAGUUUAUCUUGGAGACUUCUGCUUUUAGAGCGGCUAUGAACUAUGAUGACGAUGACCAUGACAGUGACACUAGAGACGUUUCUGAGGGACAGCAUGUCUAUUAUCAGGCUGAAAAUAGAGUUGACGAGAUGGUCUAUGCACAAACUAGGCUUGUAACACCAGCACAUUAUGCGGAUGAGUUAGACAGUAGAACUGGCCCUAGUGUUAAAUUGCAGUCGCCAUCAAAACAGCAAGGUGAGAGUAGUAUCAACCAGCACAUUUAAGUUGAUAAUUUAUAACUGAGAUUGUAUAUACUUACAGCCCCUUGCUAAUAUAAAAGAUGAGUAGUAAGUUCAGUUACAAUAAUGUUAUUAUAAUCAAACAUAGAAUAGAAAGGUGAGAUUGAGUUAAUUUUAAAGAGGAAUAAUCUUAAUUUGAGAGUGGCACAUAUGUAGUCUGUGAAGGAUAUUUAUACUGUUGUGUUGAAUAUAAUGGUUGUGUCAUGUAGUAACUGUAUCAUCCAGCAAAUUUUUUCUUACAAGUGGCCAGGAGAUUCACGAGGAAGUAAUCAUGUCUAAUUUGCAUAAAUGUGAUCAGCUGUAAUGAUGUUACACUUAACAUGGAAUCAUCCAUGACCUUUAACUUUAUAUUUAUAAUGAGCAAGUUACUGUCAAGACUGCCAACAGUCUGCUGCCAAAAUUUGUAAGAAGGAUUCUCUCUUAAGCUGUUGCUGAUUUUUUUUUAAUUUCCAUGUUUGCACAGAGUUACUGUCACUUGAAUGUCUUGUGGGUGGUUAGACUCAGUGCAAAAUGUGCAGGGCAGUGAAAGCACAUGCAGUUACUUCAGCAGAGAAAGUGUAACAAGAAGCAAAAACAUUGAGCUGACAUCAUGGCUGACUUUUUGCUUUACGUGAAUUGAGAAAGUGACUUUAGAGUGACUAUUCUUCAUGAAAUAGUAAAGCCCUGAUGGACUUUUGAUAAAAGGGUGAAUUCUGAAUUCUCCUUCUUAUUUGUGUUGCACUUUUCUUUCAAUCAAGGGGAGAAUUUUAUAUUUGAUCAAGAGUCACUUAGGGCCUUGUUUCAUGCACCCCCUUUUACGAUAUUUCCAUUCCUCAGCUCAUCGGCAUGAUACUAGUUACUCUUCAUCUCCACACAAAGACAGAGGUGAUCGGCGAUUUCAUGCUGAGAAGUUUUCUGACAGUGGAAGUUCCAGAGGUUUUGAAUACCAUGAAUAUACACCAGUAACUGGAGGAUUUAUGACAUCAACACCCCAGAUAAAAUCCCAGGCUCUCUUCUCACCCACCAAAGCUUAUCAGGUGAGUUAUAAAACUAACCUGUGGUGUUGCAAAGAAACUGCUUGUACAAAAACCCUCUUCAAUACCACCAUAAGACAGAGAACCUCUGUAAGUUAUUCAUAUUUAUCACUUUGUAGGAGCUACCUAUAAUAAAGAUUAUGAAGUUUUGUUGUGGAGCUCUUUCACUCAUUUAGCCAACAGCUAUAAAACAUUUCUUUGAAGAAAAGAAAGUUUUUACAUGAGAAAAGGGUUAACUCCCACAGGAUUGGUUUGCGAAACAACAUGCAUGGUUGCCUUUAGGACACCAGUAUGGCAGACGUGACGCCAUGUGAAAAGGCUCCACCAACAGGCCCUCUUCCAACGAAAAAGGGGGACAAAAAUGGGGAUGUUUUGGAGAGGUGGUCUUUUGUGGAGGCUUGUUUGCAGAUGUACAAAUCGCCAUGAGUUGAGGGUUGUUGUUGCAUAGUAGAUGCAAUAUACAUGUACUUUACUGAAAUUCAGUAGCUUGUAUGUUCAAGGCCUGUUGCUUGUAUCCAGCCUCGUGUCUCCCUGUAGUUCAAUUAAUUAGAAAGAACUAAAAAUUAUUAUGAAAUAGAGUACAGUUAAACCCCAUGUUAGUAUGGAUACUAUGGGGGCCAUAGAAAGUGUCCGUAUUAACGGGGUGUCCGUAUAAAGCGGGUUGAAAAUAAAAGUGCUCUCUUUCCACUGGACAAAGCAAACAGUCUGUAAUAAUGAGGUGUCCAUGCAUAUCAAGAGUUUGUCUGUACAGUGGGGUUUUACUGUACAAGUAGUUUUGCCAUUUCCCUCUGGGAUAGUAGGGCAUUUAGCAAAACAUACAAAACACACAUGCUUGCGUGUUUCACUCAUUCUAAUAUCCCAGAGAAAAAACUAGGGACUACUUAUAGUCUAACUUUGAAAACAUGACAGGGUUUUUUUUGUUAAUCUCUAGCCAGGCACCAUAUUUAGCAGAUCUCUGUGCGAUCUCCAGCGAUCUCUGUAUACUCUAUGUCCUGCGCUUUCAGAAUUUUUUUUUUCAUUGUUAUGUUGUGUUUUUCUAGGCUGAUGCGUUUGAUGCCCAGAGGGAAGCUCAUCAGAAAAUUCUACUCAAGGUGAGAAUUUUAGACAUGAUGUGAUCUGAAUUUCAGUCAGAUACACCACAUCACCUACUAAACCAUGUCUGUUAAUCACAGUUACAAGAAAGUGAAAAGAAACUCAACAGAAGCUUGCAAGAAGUUAAAAAAGUGGAAUUUGAGCUUGAAGAAGCAACGUCACAGAAAAAAGUAGGAAUGGUUAAACACAUUGUGCAAUUAAACUGCUUUUUUGCCUCUUUUUCUGUGGUGGAUUGUUAAGCAUACAUUCUCAAUGAAACGUUCCACCAGAUUGCUUUGCAGGAACUUCAGGUUCUGGAAGACACGAUCAAACGCAAUAAGGCUGAGGUCAACUCAUCUGAAAACUUGGUGGAACAGUACAGACAACAGGCAACUAAAACAAGGUAAAUUUGCUAUACAACAGAAAAAAGUGUGAUGGGGCCCGAUUACAAAAAAGUAGACAAAGAUAAAUUGUACUAUUUUGACCUUGUUUGUUUUCAAACAUCUUAGUAGUAUAGUUUUUUACAAUGUACCAAAGGUUUUUGUACUUACUGGCUUAUAGCCAGUAAUGCACUGUAUCAUGGGGUCUGUAAGUAAGUUUGUAAUUAAGUAAGACCAUUUCAAGUAAGAUGUCACAAAUCGCCUUGUUACCUAGUUUUAAUAGGUUGAGAAACUUUCGCAGCAUCCAAUGUCAAUUCAGUCGGCCAUAUUACAAACAACAUUUUAACAGACACAUGGAUAAUGUUACCCUGUGUAAUGUUCAUCACCAGUAAGCUCAUAUUCUCUCAAGGGGAGGUUUUAGCUAUAUGUUGAACUAUUACAUAUUUUACAACAACCAAUGUAUGACUAAUUUUUUAACCCUUUCACUUCCAAAUUUAGCCAAAAGUAAAUUUCAACCAAAUUUCCAAAUUUCAGUUUGUGAAAUUUUGAAAAACAAAUAAUACCAUGUGUAGGUAUAGGCAGAGAGGUUUGAUUUGAAGGGUCACAUCAUAGGAUUUCAUCCGCAGACUCGAAAGUUAGAGUCACCUCACAAAACUCUAUCAAGCACUCUGGCAGUGAAAGAGUUAAAUGUGAACAAACCGUGAUGUAGACUAACUCUUUAUCAAAUGUCCGUAUUCUUCUUCAGAACUCAGCUUAUGGAUCUGGAACUUCAGAGAGAUAAUAUUCAACAUGAAAUUAAAGAACUGCGAAGCUAUCUCGGGAGACAGAAACAGGAAUCACAACAAGUUGUCCAGGUGGAAAAGAAAAAUGAACUCAAAGUUCUGGAGCUGAGCAUAGAAAAAGAUCAGCUUCAAAGUGAGGUAGAGUCAUUGAAAUCACAACUUAAACAGGCCGAGGGAAACUUUGCGAAUGAGAAACAGAAUUAUCUUCACAAGGUUGGAAUUCUUCACGAGCAGUUACACGAGGAACAAAAAGCGUCCAAAGAGGCUGUAGAGAAACUUAAACAGGUCAGUGAGGUUUUUAACCCCUUAAACCCUAAUAUCAAAAUUUACAUUCUCGUUUGUUUCCCCGAUACGAUUCCAAAAGACGUAGUGAGGAAAAAUUUCUUUGCUUCUUUGCAUUUAUUUCUUCAUUCUGCGGUUCCAAUAUAUGAAGUUCAUGUGUUCAUUUUUUCACUGUCAAUGCUCUUUUUGUUUUUGUAGCAACUUGAAGAUGAACGGCAGAAAGCUCGCGAUUCCCACUACGAAAGAAUCAACGCAAUUCACAAACUGCAAGACGAAUCAAAGGAGAUGCAUCAUAAAGAACUUGAGGUGCUGCGGAACAGGUUUAUGAGGGUGAGGAACAGAGAGAAAACCUCUUACGUUUCCUCUUGCGCAAAAUAAAGAAAAACCAUUUGUAGUAUACAGUCCUUGUUUUUCCUAGCCUGAAUUUCAUCCGAUUACUUCGAGUCGUUAUUACUCCCUCAGUUGUUGAGAGGAGAAAACGACUCGAAGCAAUCGGAUGAAUUUCAGGCUAUGUUUUUCCCAACAUGGCUUAACUUAAUAAUAAUAUAAGUUUAUUUAUAUAGUGUUAUUUCACUUAUUGCCCGUAACUUCUUACAAAUCAUGGUACUAAAUGAACAAAAUCUAUUUGCAAUCAAUUCUAUAAAAAUAAGUAAUUACAUAUCAUCAGCUAAAAUUUUAACAUAACAACUGAAUACAUAAUAAAAUGGAAUUACUACGUAAAAUAACUUUUAAAGGUGCACUUGAAGAGAUGGAUUUUUCGUUGACGUUUUAAGCCAUCGAUGCCAGCAGCGUUCCUUAAACAAACUGGCAGUUCAUAGUUAACUUAGCUGGCCGUAUUCACCCGAGAUUCGCGAGGUUCAUUGAGAGACACGCAAUUUUAGUAAUUAGUGGAGCCAUUGGCUUUAUGUUUCGUUCUAGAUUUGGUCACCUUUACCUUCAAAACGCGCAACGGCUCAGUCAAUAGUAACGUUUGUUUCACUGAUGUUACUUUAUAUGUGAUGUAGUUCCAGAGAAUUUCUCAAAGACCCACAGAGCGGUAAGUCCGUAACGAAUUAGAGCUUAUCAAUUUCUGUACUGAGUAGUAAUUCAUUUUUACAGGAAAAAGAAGUGGAGUUGGAGUCAUUGCGAGAGAAAUCGCGAAGAGACAGGGAAGAACUCAACAAAAAGCUACAGGUAAAAAUCCGAUAUCGGUAGUAACUUGUGAAGAUAGUGCCGAAAAGCUGUAAUACACUGACCGUUUUUUCUUCACGGCCUUUUUCGCCGUAAUAGUUGGAUAAGAGUAAAAUUUGAGUCAAGUGAGGUUCGACUGAAGUAUAAAUGUAGUGGGAGCCAGAAGUGACCUACAUUUUAUAACUGAUGAGUAGUAACUAAAAUUGUAUAAGUCUAUAUGGUUUGCAUGUGUACAUUUCUUUUUCGUAUUUGAAUUUUGUUCAUUUUGUGUCUUAAGGGAAAUAUCACAGCUGAUAUCGGUGUUUGUGGCUGUUGCGGGUGCGUUGUUAGUGUUUGUUUAAGGAUUUAAUCCCGAUUUGACUUAAGUAAUAAAGUAAUCUCAUCACCAUUUAACGCUGCGGCGUUUAAGAGAUCACAGACCAGUGUAGUGCGAGGGGGGGGGGAGCAUCCCCAGCCCUAACCGCAGUUUUAAUCUCUGAUUUGAUUUUAAUUGUUUUUCUGCUUUCCAGGGUCGAGAUCAUAAGAUAAAUCAACUAGAAAAUGACGUUAAAGACUACGAGGAACAAAUAACAAACUUAAAGACGCAAGUGUUUCAAGAACAACAAAAAUUAUUUGAAUGCGAGAGCGAGUGGAAAGAAAACUUAGCAAAACAAGACACUCAUUCAAAAUCUUUAAAAAUCGAGGUACAACUUCGUCCCGUUUUAAUUAAUUAUGAUAGGCUAACUGUUUUCAAAAAGUAAUUUCGUCUGAAGUUACUCGUUCCAAAUAAAAUACGUGGUGUAACGGUCAGAGUCAAACUUAAGGAAUGGAAAGAAAUUGAAACUAUUAUUACAAAACCAGUCGACCGGCCUUUGAUGAUGAAUGGAUUCAGGCCAAGUAUUUCUUUGGCGCAUAUGGCAUUAAUGUGAACUCGAAGAACGGUAAUUAUUCCUUUAGAUCUUUAAGCGUUGCACCUCUAUUUUGAUAGCGGAUAAGUCGCCUGUGAAAAUGUCAUUAGUGUAAUAAGAAAAUGACCUAAGAAACGUACACUAAAUUUUGCCCUGUCGUGUUGGUUAAUAAUGUCUCUUUUAUCACUUUGUUCGUAGAUUGACUCCUUAAACGAGAAAGAAGCAGCUCUGUACGAGAAACAACGGAAAACGGAGGAGGUAUAGUAAUGUCUUUUAUGCGAGUUAGCGUAACCGUUAGCAAACACUAAAACUUUCCCGAUCGGCGGAUGCUAGUGAGUCAGUUCUAGAAAUGCGUCUGCAUUGCGAGGCGAUAUAUUUCUGUAAUUUUUUUUUUCAUUGUUGUGUGGAUGAUAAUUGAUAUGCCUCCGAUUUUCAGCUUCUUGAGCAAAAAAUGCUGGAACUUAGAAGGGUAGAAGAAAAAUCAUCCUCGCGAUCAGAAGAACUCUCUCAAAUAGUCAAGGUAAAUCGAGAAGUUUCGUUCACGUUUGUGUAGUGUGUCCUUUUGAAUGAGGAUGGGCGAACAGAUAACUGGCUUGACUGUUAAACCGUAAAUUGUAAUAGAACCUUCACCAUUUAACUCCAACUACCAGUAAAAACCGAAAAAAGAAACGCUGAACCCAAGGCGUCUUGCUUCCCGCAGAAUAAGGAUGAUGAGAUCGCAAUGUUACGAGGUCUGGUUCGACAGCAAGAAGACGCAACGAGGUUACUAGGCGAGAAGAUGAGAAAUGAAGCACAAGAACAUGUAAGUAAUUACGUUAGAUUUUUCCUAGAUUCUGAGUACUGUGACAGUCGAGUACUGUACACGCGAAGGUCAUGUAUACGAAGUUUUUCUCGUCUUAGCUGAGACGCGUCUUAUCUAAGAACAGGUGGUAAGGGCUGUUCUAAUAUAAGACGCGACUUAGCUAAGUCGCGUCUUAUUUUACACGAAAUGUGCCGUUUAUACGGAAAGUUCGCGUCUUAGUUUUCCUCGUAUAAAUGGCCCUAUUGUGUUGUACUUUGUAGAGUCAUUUUCGUGGUAUCUCCAGCUUUUCCUUGCUGACUGACCAAUCACAACAGACUUGGUAAUCCAACGAAUCAAUCAGCUGGUAGAUAAAAUUGUACGCAGUGCUGAGCGCGGGAAAAUGUGUGUCACCAUGAUUGUUGAGGUUUCUUUUCUUUAGCUGAGUUAAAUUAUGGGUUUCUGGUUAAAUACAAUAAAACUUAUUGUCGUUAUAGUGACAGGGUAUUAAUCGUGAAAAAUUUAAAAAUUUUGUUUGUUUGAAGUGCAACAGCUUCAUCUAGUUUACAGUCACUCCAAACAAUAGUACUUAGAAACAAGCAAAUAUUCCACCAAAUUAAACCUAACGUGGUCGAAAACGUGAGGUAAGAGUAGGCGAACCGGUUCGCUUGUUAUGAGAGCCGUGGAUCAGGAAAUUGUAUUGCUGUAAACAAAUUUACAACACUACUUGAUUUAACCUGACUGCGAACCUUAUUUUCAGUUUCUGAGAACGCUCGUGAAAAUCGCCACCGCGACUAAGCGACACGACUGGUAUUUCAAUCGCUUGCUCAACUAUAUCCCUGUGGAAUAAAGACGAAUACUCGUAGUCGUAAAUAGACCUUGUCACGGUAAAAUAUCAAUGUAAACUAAAGCUACAACGCAAAGGAUUGUCCUAAACAAUUUUGGGGGCGUACCUGUGCUUAAAUUUCUCUAGAGGCUUGCCUUAGAUUUUACAUAUUAUUGUCUGUAAUUUUACCGGGACUUUCUUACAGACAAAUGUAUAGAAAAUUUAAAAAAGUGGUUCUAGGUCUUCUAGUGCAUGUAACGCCCUUUAUUUUUUUCAGUAGAAUCCUUGGGAGCAAAAAAAGGAGCGAAGCUUUAAUUUACAAAUCAUAUUUUUUCAGAAGAGCCGUUUUGCGGAAGUUAUUCGACGUUAGAUUCUCAUACAAACACAAUGUAAUUUCUCACGCGUUUGCCUACUCGUCAAGAUGGCGUCGAAAACCGUGACAAGGUCUAUUAUGUAUUACGUAAUUAUCAGUGAUGACAAAAGCAUAUUUUUUCGGACAUGACUUUCAGGCACAACGGUAGUAAUGCCCUUUUUUAAUUUUGACAGUUUUUAAUGUUGAAUAUUACUUCGUCAGAUUCGCAAUGCGCUGGAAAAAGAGCGCGAAACAGCAGACCGCGAACGCACAAGGCACCAGACAAAACUAGAGGAGAUACGCGACAAAUACGAGUCUGCCUUAAAACAUGUGCGAGAGGAGUUAGAAGCCGAAAGACAAGGUCAUAAUCACCUAAAUGUCUCUGUCAGUAAGAUUAAAAAGGUUAGUUUUUAGUAGCUUCUGUUAGGUUUGUGUUUGUGUAACUAACGGUUGUGUAACUCAACUGAACUUCUAAACCAAAAAAUGCAACGCGUCAGAUACAAAGAAACACUUGGUCCCCCCACCCCCCACCCCAGUGCUGAGCAUGUCGUAUGUCGAAAAAAGCAAGUUUUCUUGCGCACUUGUGUGAUGAGUAAUUGCUCAGACAAGUGGCCUUCUGAAUCCUUAACAAAGAAAACUAUGAACCUGCCAGAGCAAGCAAAAUCAAGGAGCCUCUUGACACAAUCGUGUGGAGAGCAUUCAUGGAGAAGGUAUUAUUUGGGUUUCCACUCUCUGGUAAACCUGUUGUUCUGAUUGGCCAACAUUUGCCCCUGUUUUCACCAAUCACAACAUCCCUUUGGAGGCGUGUUAAUGGAAUGGUUUGUGCGGUGGACUUCAUAUCUAAAGGUGUAUUGUUUAAAGCUUUGUAUCUCCUGUUGUAUGAGUAUUUUGUUGUGUUUUUAGACUUUGUUUUACGUUGUCGUUCUUUCACCCAUCUGUAAAGUAGUACAAGAGGAAAACAGUGAAUUGCAAUGGGUGCCCUGGGUUGCCAUGUGACUAACGAAGUACAGCAAGCACUAAGCAAAUAGUAUUCCUUUGCUUAAAACAGCCUGGUCUAGCUGAGAUCCACAGGCCGGUGUGUUUUUUUUUCGUAGAAUAGCUCUGACAACACAAAUAUCCUGGAAAUUUUAAGGAUUUUUUUUUAUUUACUCUAUUUUUAUUGUUGACCAACAGGAAAUCGAAAAGUUGCGCGAGUUAAACCUGCAAGCUGAACAAGAGAAGGUCGAUGCUGUUGCACACGUCAGGAACGAAGCUAAAACGGAAAUUGUGACAAUGAGAGACAAAAUUCAGGAGGUAAUUGAAUUUUUCUCAAUUUUACCUUGACGAAAGGUAAUUCAUACGAAACAAACUUUGUAUUUUCAAUGAGCUGAGGAAGCGUGUGCCAGCGGUUAGAGCGCUGGACUUGAAAUCCGGAGGCCCUCGGUUCACGCCGCGCUCUUGCCAGUUGGGAUUCUUAACCAUUUUUAGCCUGCUUGAUGCCGACGUCUCCUAUUUCCGUUAGAGAGCUUAAGCAACGAUGACGACUGUUAUUCCUGUUAACUAUUCGCGACUUUUGAAGAUUUUAAGGCGUAUUAAAGGUGGUCGGCUUGGAUGGGGUUAAUGCGAUAGUUUUAUUUGUGAUAUCUCUAAGUGAGUAACUUUACGUCGGCUGUUGUUUUCUUUAGUUGAGCGCAUUAGUAGAAACAACGGAGAAAGAAACAGCAAAGGAGAUUAACGAAGAAUGUCGAAAAACAGCCGCCCUGAUUGGAGAUUCUGCCAACAACACCCCUGUGAGGUAAAUAGACGUCAGACAUUAUUUGCCGCGAGAUGUUCUCUUCAUCCUUUGUCAAACAAAACCCUCACAAAGUUAUGUUUUAUGUUGUUUUGUUUUGGUCAGAAAUUUAUCAAGCAGCUAUGUUGGUGAAAGUCCCAGGUCGACCACGGACAGUCCUGCUAAAGAUGCUCUGGUAAUUAUGAAUGACGUUUUUUAGAAGUUGGAAUAGUUGGUAGUGGUGGUGGUGAUGAAGGGGGGGGGGGGGGGGGAACAGUUUUAGAGCCGUUAGAAGCUUAAGUACGAAGAAUUCUGCAGGGUUUUCUUUUGGUUUUUCCUUAUUGUCGUCGACCAAAAAAGGUCCCAGUUUUUAAUCGUUUCUUCUCUCUUGCAGCUAAAUCUCCGUUCAUACAAUGAAGAGCUAAGACAGCAUUUGAUAGAAGCUCGAAAAGAGCUUGAACAAAACAACAGAGAACUGGCCCUCAAAAAGCAGGUAUUUAUCUUCUCUUGUUUGUUAAUCCUCGAGUGGCCUGUUCUGCUCGGGCUUUCGGAAUCAUGAAAGAAGAGGCCACCAUAAGACUUCUUGUCGAGAAUGCAACCUCGUUCGUGUUGUGGAGCGAGUGAAGUAGUUUCGAGGUAAAGCAGCUCUUAGUAGUUUUGGUCCUUCAGUUGCGUGAGUAGCUCGCGGAGUUGGUUAUCCAUAAAGGAGGUUAGACAGUCUAUAAGACCGUUUCAGGUCGACCGAAAAUCAUUUUCUAGCCAGACAAUAGUUGCAGGUUUUUUGUUGUGACCAACGUUCUUUUUCAUGCUUCUUUUGCCACUGCACAUAAUCAUCUGCAGUGCAGCCUGACAGCGGUAUUAAGAUGACAAGGUAGUUACUUCAUAUAUGAUUAUUAUAGUGUACAUUUAGUACCUACCUGGUAUGUCUGUCUAACUGUUGCCGUUAUUUUUCUUCUGGUCUACAGCAGCAAAGCAGCGGAGAUCUCACUCCCCAGCAAGUGUAUUUGUUUAAGAAAGCUCUCGGUGCUAAGGUAACAUGCACACGCCUUAUUAAGUUUCUAACGCAUUUAAGUCAAUUGUUGUUUGGUUUCAUAUACUGUUGCACUCAGUAUUUAGGAUUUGUUUCAUGUAGCAGUUAUUCCAAUUAAUUAUCUCAAGGCGUUUGGAAUACACCCCCGAUGUGAUGUGUGUGGAAUAAUUCAAGAACAUUGCACUGCAGUAGUACCAGUACAUUCAGCUAAUGCGUAUCUGCGGAAUUACGCUUGCAUAUUCAGCCACUUUUGUCCUCAUAUUUAACGUAAAAUGACACAACAGUGAUAUAGUGAAGGUUCUUCCUUAUGUCAAUACUGCUUUUUUUCUCUCUCUUGACUAGGAGGAGGAAUUGGCCAGACUGAAAAAGUAAGCUGAAAGAAUUGUUUUCUCUUUUAAAACCCUUUCGUUUCUGAGAUCAACUUCAAAAAGCUAGCUCUUGUGAGUCUGUGUACGGAGUAUUAGGAUAAAUAGUGUGUACCAAUCCAAGUAAAAUCUCUUUGAGUGCAGUUUGCUGGGUGCGUUUGUUUUCACAUUUGAUUAUUUUUUUAUUCUCUCUCGUAUUAGAGUCAUAUUCAAAUAUAUAGUCUAGACACUCUUGUGAUUAAAAAGGUGAAGUAUUCAGCAAUUUUGUUCACCACAUUUUCGUUUAAACGUUCGCGUUGAUUGCUUUAGGUGAUUAUAUCCUGUCAGUAAUGUUUUGUUUCAAGGCUUCGCCUGUUGGUUUCCAAGAAAAUAGCGACGAACGCCAAAUGCUUUUUUCAUUUGGUUGGCGAGUUUCAAGCCUCCAUAGAUACCUUAUUAACAGAGUUUAGAAAGUUUGUAACACUAUGUCUUUGCUUUUUAACAGGCAGUUUCAAGAAGAAAAUGAGAAAAACGCGCUGCAGGUCAAAUCCGAGAGAACGGUAAGUCAUUUACUGACAGUGAAUGAGUCUCAGCCCGUAAAGAUUUUUGCGUUCCAACCUCGUUUUCGGGAGAAAGAGAGAAUCCAACGAGGUUGUUCGCAGUUAGCUUGUAAUAACUAAUGUUUAUAUUAUAUUUUUAGGCCUAUCAGAAAACCAUCGAUCGUUUAGAAAAGGAACUGAAGCAAGCUAAGGCUGCUGUAAGUAAACAAAAACCAAAAUUUUCUUAGUUUUCCUUAAAAGUAAGACAUUAACCAUGAUACCGGCUCUUAUUUACACAGACCCCAGUCGGUAGCCCCAUGGUAAACGGCCAUUCAUCUCCAACAGAGAGCGGUGUAGGUACCAGUCUCAGCUCGACAACACCCAGUCCGAGGCCUGGAGAGGAUACCAGCACUGCAAGGUUGUUACGUCACUUACAGGGCAGAGUGCAGCAACUGCGGGCUCAGAAUGACAGUCUGCGCAAGUCAUCCGAGAAUGAGUCGCUGAAUGAUAGCCACUGUAGUGUAGUCUCGACCGAAUCGGUAAGGCGGAAGUAUGGUUACCACGUGUAAUAUUCGAAGAGCGUAUGUCAAUCCUCGAGAGAAUCUCCCGCUGGAACAACUUUACUGUGCUUAAGACGUAGUAUAGUUACCACAUUUCAGAGUCAGCCUUCGAGAAAAUCUCUGGCUGGAACAAAUUUACUGUGAUCAUUCGAGUAAGAGUUUUUGAAGAGGAAAUUCGAACCUCUGUAAUCGGGUUCUUUUGUUUGUUCCGGCGAAUACAUUCACUCUUGUUCUGAUCCCUAAACAACGAACACCUCUCCACAAAGGCUGGCCUAGUUCCUCUGUUCCCACUUCCCAAGGAGUCCUUUCUAGGGAGGUUUAAUUGUACUUUUGAAGUUUUAGUUAUUUUUCUUCAUUCUUUUUUCCCCUCGUGAUUUGCAUGAUCAAUGUGAUCGUUACUAAUAGUAUUUUUUUUACAUUGCUUGUAGUUUAACGCGAGUGAGGAAGACUCAAGAAGGCUUCAUGCUGCACUUAAGGUAUCGUGGUUGUAGCGUUGUAUGUAAGCAGACGAUCAUUGGAAGAGGUUUUUUUACAAUAAAGAGCUAAAGUAACAACGACGGCGACGGCUACGAAAACGUCAUUUAAAAAGUGAAUUCGCGCUGCUUCAAACUUUAUCGCGCUUAUUUCAUCUCGUUCAAUUCGUCAAAUGUCCAAUUUUUCCGGAGUUUAAUUCUAAAAGACUGUAUCGAAGUUCAGGAAAAGAAAAAUAAAGUCGUCGUCUUAUCUUCACGUCCUCGACGAACGAGAAAUUAGGCACUUUCACUUUGUGGUCGUGCAGCGAAAAUCCAAAAAAAAUCCCUGGAUCAAGAAUUAACCCCCCCCAAAAAAAAAAAAAAAAAAAAAAAAAAGGUCAUAAGGAUACUUUAUUCGCAGCACUACGCGGCCGGGGUACGAGGGUGAACUACCAGGAAUCUUCACAUUGUUUUGAAUACCCCUAAAAAUCCCUACUUAAAUCAAACCACCUAAAAAAUACUUGCCAAAUUUUCCUACCCAAACAUCCGCGGAGUCGAAAAUUAAACCCCCCAAAAAUCCUUCGAUCAUCCCCGUCACUUGUAAUCCGAAGUACUCCCCCGGGGCUACAAGAAUCGUUGUUUUUAAAUUUGUUUUGCGUACUGAAGCAUACACUUUUCAGUAGCCCAAGUUUUCUUUUCCCGCUUUUCUGUGUAACACAGUUGCUCGAAACGGGAAUUGUUUCAAGGGUAUAUAAGUCCGUUACCCUAUAAAUUUUGUCUUUCUAUAGAUGUCGGAAGACAAAGCGCAAAGAAAUGCCGCCAUGUUAAGUCAAAAGAUGAUGGAAAUGACCAAGUUACAGAAAAUGCUCACACAUGCUACCAAGGUAAGGAUGGUAAUGUAGCUCUUCCCUCUUGCGUAUCGUGAGUGAUCCAUUUGUGCAUGCCGCCCAUACUAAGUGUAGAUCAGUACGGGAGUACUGACAAACAUGACGCAGAAGGGGUUCGAUUUGUUUGAAGAGUAUGGUAGGGUGCUCAGUAGUGAAAAUAAAUGAAUCGCUGGAAUAAAUUUCUGUAAGGCCUUACCACUUUUUGGUCAUUUUUCCUGUUCCUUAAUCUCUCCUAACCCCCUCCCCCUCCCAACCCCCUUCCCUCCCCCUGAACGGCAAAUAAUACAAAGACUGUCGCCGUUUGUACGUGAAACGACUGACUGACUCUUCACUGCGAUCUGAGAGGCCUUAAUAUGUUGAUGACUUCAUUUUGGUUUUUCAGGAAAACAUGAAACUGGAACGAGCUUACGCCUCAUUACAACGGAAAAUAAUCGACAACUCCAGAUAACAGUGCCAUUCAUAGUCCACUGAAAUAUGACUUACGUACCUUUGCUUGGCCAUAUUCCAUUCAAAUACGCCAAAUUUAGCGAAAACAUCAUUUAUAUUCUAGAUGCUAGAAAACUAAAUGGGGUAUGGUAAUCGUAGGGUGGAUUUGUACCUAAUUCAAGGUGGCUUUGCGCACUGUGAGGAGGAGCUAAUGUUUGGCGGUCAUUCAAGGAGAAUGGAAACGUCUUCCCAUGAUGCUUUGCGGAAAAAAUUCGCUUUAGUCCGUUCCGUCACAUCUCUGACCGGUGCGUUCGCGAAUAAUUUUGUGGAUUUUCAAUGGGAUUUUUUCAUACUUCAAGCUUUGGCGGUCGUUUAAGCAAUUAUUGCAGUGAGUUCCCUAGGCCCAAAUGCCAAAUUCCCAAUUGCUAAAGUAACCCUUACUCAAGUAGGUAUAUUUGCAGCGUGCGGGUAUACGUGUCUUCGAUAAGAGCCCAAACACUGCCCGUGGGAGCUGUCAGCUUGUUCAAAAAAGUAAUGUGUACAGCAACUAUGGCCAUAUCGAGAAAUGACAGUUAUUUUAACUCUGCAGAGAACAACAAAUAUUUACAAUCUUACCUGGCUGCCACGUUAGCUCCGUUCAGAGUGCUUGUCACCGCUUCUUUGAAUUUACCAUUACACGUGACUCAUUUACAUUUGAAAGCUCCAUAAAUUUAUCGCAUACCAUCUGACACGUGUAACGUGAAAGAAAUGAAAGUAAACAGGUACUCGAAUUUUGACUCAUAUGUGUGCUGCAAAUAAAUGCACCUUACUUUACUGACACAUAAGAGU